AUGACCGAGUGUUGGGAGCAGCAUCCAGCUCCCCCUCCCCUUGUGGAGAACUGCGUGGCCCAGAACACCGAGCGGGCCUUGGAGUUCGCCGUGGUUUUCCCCCAGGAUUCGUCCCUUCAGCACCAGCACCCGGUGCCCAUCACUGAGGCCUCCCAGAAAUGCAACCUGUGCGGCCAGACCAUCGCCCAGCUGUCCGACCUGCAACAGCACCCGUGCUUCGUCAACAUGAACCGCUUCUACCAGUGCGCCCAGUGCCAGAAGACCUUCAGCCAGUCCACUGACCUCCUGCAGCACCAGUGCGGGGAGGUGGAGGAGAAACCCUUCAUCUGCCACAUCUGCAAGAUGGGCUUCUCCCAGCUGCUGGCCCUAGUGCAGCACCAGAGCGUGCACAACGAGAACAAUCCGUACAAGUGCACCAUCUGCGGGGAGAACUUCCAGCAGUCGUCCGAGCUCUUCCUGCACCAGCGGGUGCACAUCGAGGACCAGCCCUUCGAGUGCACGGUCUGCAAGAAGAAGUUCAAGGACUCGUCUGAGCUGGUGUCCCACCAGCAAUUCCACACGCUGGAGAAGCCCUUCAAGUGCACCGUGUGCCACAAGGGCUUCAAGAAGUCCUCACAGCUGUCCAGGCACCAGUACGUGCACUCGGCUGACAGGCCCUUCAAGUGCCCCUCGUGCCAGAAGACCUUCCGCCACUCCUCGGAGCUGAUGCGUCACCAGCGGGUUCACACGGGGGAACGCCCGUUCCGCUGUAACAUGUGCGACAAGAGCUUCAGCCAGUCCUCGCACCUGGCUCACCACCAGCGCAUCCACUCGGCUGAGCGGCCCCACAAGUGCAGUGUCUGCCACAAGUCCUUCAAGCACCGCUCGCACCUGGUGCGCCACAUGUGCGUGCACUCGGGCGAGGACCUCUUCAAGUGCUCCAUCUGUCAGCUGGGCUUCAAGCAGGCGGGCGAGCUGCUGCAGCACCCCUGCGUGCCAGAUGCCGAGCGGCCCUUCAAGUGUGGCCAGUGCAGCAAGACCUUCAAGCGCUCGUCCUACCUGCAGCACCACCAGCGGGUGCACUCAGGUGAGCGGCCCUUCAAGUGUAACGCCUGCGAGAUGAGCUUCAAGCAGCUGUAUGCCCUGGUCAGGCACCAGCGGGUGCACUCGGGGGAGAAGCGCUACAAGUGCACGGUGUGCGACAAGGGCUUCAGCGAGUCCUCCCACCUGCUCUACCACCAGCACUCGCACGCCGGCGAGAGCCUCUUCCAGUGCACCGGUUGCCAGAAGGGCUUCAAGGAGUCAGCAGAACUCUUGCGCCACCGCUGCGCCCGGGCCGAGGGUAAGCCAUACAAGUGCACGGUCUGCCAGAAGGCCUACAAGCGGGCCUCGGCCCUGCAGCUCCACGAGUCCAGCCACAGCGAGCAGAAGCCGCUCAAGUGCGGGGCAUGUGAGAAGCGCUUUGCCUCCUCCCCUGAGCUGGUGAGCCACCAGUGCCGGCCGGCCAAGGAGAAACCCCUCAAGUGCGGCGACUGUGAGAAGAGAUUCAAGUACUCCUCGGACCUGGAGCGGCACCGGAGAGUGCACACUGGGGACAAGCCUUUCAAGUGCAUCACGUGCGAGAGGGGCUUUAAGCAGAGGGAACACCUGGUCAAGCACCAGAACGUGCACGCACGCGAGAACCAGUGUAAAUGCACCUGGUGCGGCGAGAGGUUCACAGACCUCAGCUAUCUGCAAGAGCACUCCCUCCAGCACGCCGUGGAAAGUUCUUACGAAAGUUCUGCUUGUGGACAGUGAUUUUAAGAAAAAACAGGAUCUCGGCUAAUGUGUCUAACUGUGCCACAACUUGACUACUAGGAAUACAUAGGGAGGAACGACCCUUAGGGGUGGUUUCUAUUUAACUUUCAUGGAUUACCAAGCUUUCCAGAGAGUUAGAAGCCCUUACUUAGUUCAAACGAUCUGGAUUUUCACAGCACCUAUGCCUCUGCCCUGCUACCAACACUAGGUCUCUGAGUUGAAAAUCGAAUGAGGUUUUUGAAACUGUGGAAAUGGGUGCACGGAGAUGCUUGCAUGACCGGCGUCACCAGAGGAGAGUAAAGCCUCCCUCCUCCGAGGUCUGCCGCCCCCC